GCUCCAGAAAGUAAUGAAUUCAAUAAAGGCGUGGUGCGGGGGGGCACCCUGGUAAUUACAUUAAAAGCAGUAUGGUAGUGACAUUUUUACUUUGGCUUUGAAAUUUCAAAUCCCUGUCUUUCUCUCUCUAAAUCCGAAGGAAUCAUGGCAGCCAAAGCAAAAGGAGGAGGAGGAUUACAAUAAAGAAUGGAGGCAAAAGAAAAGAAGCACAUUGCCAACCCCAUCUUGGGAUCACAGAUUGGAGCAGAAGGCUCUUCAGUUGUGCGUAAAACCCAGAUGAAACUCCUUUCCUCUCUUUCUCCACCCUUCUCAUACUUGUAUCUGUCUUUGUUCAUGCAAGAUCCCAAGAACCACGAAUCCAACACAAGGAAGUCAUGGUAUCAAAGAGCAACAGGAAUGGGGAGCCUGUGGAGAUGGAUUUCCAAGUCAUUGGCCACAGAAAUUCCCAGCGGGAAGGGGGGUGAAGGCAGCAGAUCAAGUUGCAACUCGAGUAAGAACAGGCAGCAGCUAAGAAAAUGCACAUCUCUCAAGGUGGCAACCUCCUUCACAAGGGUAUGCCUCUGUGCGCCCAUCUCUUCCUACAACGAGGUCUUCAGAGCAGAGGUUCCCGCCAGGAGGAGCAACAGUUUUCCCAGAGCAAAACCAUUACAGUCUCAAGAAAGAACAGUUGCCAGCGCCAGGCUGAGCACGGAGGGCAGAAGAGUUUUCAGGGGCAAAUCAUUGACUGACGAUGUCCUCAUGAGGAGAUUUGUGAUUGAAGAGGAAGCAAUGAUGCAAAUCAGAAGAAGAAAUCAAAUGGAAGUGAUUAGGAGGAGAAGUAUGGUGAGGAGGCACAAGCUCGGCCCCAGUCCGCUUCGCAGGAUGGUUUUGGCGGAGGCUCCCAAAGCUGAUUCGUCGUUUUUCUUUUAUCACUCCUUUUUUCUCUCACCUCUCCUUCAUUUUAAAUUUCCCUUCUGUGGACGCUUUUAUACGCAUCCCUCCUCAUGAAUGGCGACGCCCUUGAUCAAAACUGAACUUCAAACAACUCCUUUUUCCCCAACUUGACAAGUCUGCCCAACUAACUGCUACUUCUUCUACACGUAAUUUGCUUUGUAAGACACUCAGACUCGGGAGAUCAAGGGCAGCGAUUAUUUAAUUUGCAGCCGAGUUAGGCUGUUCGCACGACGCAUUUGCUUUGUCAUAUAUGCACUCACCCCCAACUAUAUUCUUAUCCAUCUUUGUCUCCGCCAUCCUAUUCGCAUUUCCAAGCCAAGCAAUACGCCCACAUCAUCUUAUUUAUAACUCCAUUAACUUCGACUCUAAAAUUCAGUUCAACAACUAUUUUCUGCGUAAUCAAAUUGGCAGGAUGGUGUUAAACAAGCCCGCUUUCUGAAUCAAUAUGUUAAUCCAUUGAUUGUUGUUUGAUUAUAUUGCACUUGUAAUUAAGAUGACAUAUAUGAGUUUGAUAACCAAUCAUUACCCGAGAAAGUCAUUUGUCAUUUAUGAAGAC